AUGAUGGCGGAGCAGGUGAAAUGCGCUUCGGCGGGGGGCGGCUCCGGAGCGGGCUCCGGGCAGGUGGUGAACACCGAGCUGGAGGUGAAGAAGCUGAAGGAGCUGGUGCGAAUGUUGGAGAAGCAGAACGAGCAACUGCGGAGCCAGACGGCCACCGCGUCCUCCGCCCCGCACCUGCUGCUCCUGUCGCCGCCGCCGCCGCCCGCCGCGCCGCCGCCGGCCGGGGCCUGUAGCCCCUUGGCCCCGCGGAGCCCUCCGGCCGCCGCCGCCGCCUCGGGGGGCCUGGGGCUAGGGCUGGCCUUGGCCGCGGGGGGCGGCGGCGGCAGCGGCGGCUCCAGCCCCGCUUUCCCGGGGACCUACUGCCUGCCCAGCCCGGCGCCCUCCCUGCUCUGCAGCCUGGCGCAGCCCCCCGAGGCGCCCUUCGUCUACUUCAAGCCUGCGGCGGGCUUCUUCGGCGCGGGCGGCGGCGGCGGCGGCCCGGAGCCCGGGGGCGCGGGGACACCGCCGGGGGCCGCCGCCGCGCCCCCCUCGCCGCCCCCCACGCUGCUGGACGAGGUGGAGCCGCUGGACCUGGAGAGCUUGGCAGCCUGGCGGGACGAGGACGACUACACCUGGUUGUACGUUGGCUCUUCAAAGACAUUCCUGUCAUCAGAGAAAUCCCUGAGCCCUUUGCAGUGGUGUAGACAUGUCCUAGAUAACCUGACUCCGGAGAUGGAAGCGGCAAGGCGUUCCCUCUGCUUUAGACUGGAGCAAGUCAGCCGAUGGCGAAGUCUCUUCCCUUCAAAUGUCUCACUGGCUUUUCCUUAUAGUCCUGUGGCGAGACUCAGCCCUUAUAGCAAUGGCAUUAAUACUCCCAGCUUCUCUAAAACCUCAAAUAAAGCAAUACUAACACCUGAAAAAACAGGUCACACACCCAGGGGCUCCCCUCUCAGUCCCCAAUCGUCCAUAGACAGCGAGCUGAGUACUUCCGAGCUGGAAGACGAUUCUAUCUCCAUGGGAUACAAGUUACAGGACCUCACAGAUGUUCAGAUCAUGGCUCGUCUGCAAGAAGAAAGUCUCAGGCAAGAUUAUGCUUCUACUUCAGCAUCCGUGUCGAGACACAGUUCCACUGUGUCACUGAGUUCAGGAAAAAAAGGGACAUGUAGUGAUCAAGAAUAUGAUCGAUUCAGCCUGGAGGACGAGGAGGAAUUUGAUCAUCUGCCACCACCUCAGCCCCGUCUUCCAAGAUGUUCCCCUUUCCAAAGAGGAAUACCCCAUUCACAGACUUUCUCCAGCAUUCGGGAGUGUAGGAGGAGCCCCAGUUCCCAGUAUUUUCCUUCGAAUAAUUACCAGCAGCAACAGUAUUAUUCACCUCAAGUCCAGACUCCAGAUCAGCAGCCAAAUAGGACCAAUGGAGGAGACAAGCUCCGAAGAAGUAUGCCUAACCUAGCUCGGAUGCCAAGUACAGCCACUGUUAGUAGCAAUGGGAGUUCUCCAGUCACCGUGCGGAAUAGUCAGAGUUUUGACUCAAGCUUGCAUGGAGCUGCAAAUGGAAUUUCAAGAAUACAGUCUUGUAUUCCAUCCCCAGGACAGCUCCAGCACAGGAUCCACAGCGUGGGACAUUUCCCAGCGUCAGCACGGCAGCCUCUUAAAGCCACGGCCUACGUGAGCCCAACCGUCCAGGGCAGCAGUAACGCGCCCUUAACCAGCAGCUUACAGCUAUACUCCAACACGGGGAUCCCCACCCCCACCAAAGCUGCAGCUUCCAGCAUCGUGGGCCGCAGCGCUCUUCCAAGACCGUCACUGGCAAUAAAUGGGAGUAACCUGCCUCGAAGCAAAAUUGCACAGCCUGUCAGAAGUUUCCUUCAGCCUCCAAAACCUCUGUCUUCACUCAGCACGCUGAGGGAUGGAAACUGGAGAGAUGGUUGCUACUGA